AAGGGAUUAAAAGACGGGGUAAAAUUGAGGGUAGGAGAGAGAGAGACAGAGUAAUGCACACAUGGACAAAAUGUCAUGCAGCUCUUUUCUGUACAGACAUAGAAGUGGGCUAGGUUUAUGUUUGUUUAUAGGCAACCCUAGUAAAAAAAAGAAAAACACACAUCAGGAGUUUCAUCUCUGAUAUGAACAUCACUCUUCAGACCACGAUGGGUGAUAGGAUGCCCUGGACCCCACCUCAGAGCUCCAACGUUGGGUGGGACCUUUAAAACUCCACCGACAGGGGUGGAGCGAGAGAGAAAGACAGAAAAUAUAGCAAGAAGGAAAACAGAAGCGAGAGGGAGGGACGAGAGAGGGAGGAUAGAGUGUUACUUCACUUCGAGGAUAGGGGAUGGGGAAUUGUACCAAGCCAUCCAUGAAAAACAAAACGAAAAAGGACAGGGACCUACGACCUGAGGAGAUUGAAGAGCUCCGCGAGGCGUUUCUGGAGUUUGAUAAGAAGAAGAAUGGCUACAUCAGCUACAAGGACCUAGGAGAGUGCAUGAGGACCAUGGGCUACAUGCCCACAGAGAUGGAGCUCAUCGAGCUGGGCCAGUCCAUCUGUGGGGGCAAACUAGACUUUGAGGACUUUGUGGAGCUGAUGGGCCCAAAGAUGCUGGCAGAGACAGCAGAUAUGAUCGGAGUGAAAGAACUACGAGACGCAUUCAAGGAGUUCGAUACUAACGGUGAUGGUCAGAUCAGUAUAACGGAGCUUAGGGAGGCCAUGAAGAAACUGAUGGGAGAACAGCUGACAAACAGAGAGAUUGAUGAGAUCCUCCGGGAUGUGGACCUCAACGGGGAUGGACUGGUCAACUUUGAGGAAUUUGUUCGAAUGAUGUCACGCUGAGAUAAACAGACGGAGUCGUUGUGCAACAACUGGAAAAGGGACCACUGCAUUUGUAGUGAACAUUCUUGCACCAUGCUAGUGACUGAGCAUCGAUUCUAAAACGUUAUUUUUGUUAAGCAGCACUUAUAACGUUCAUUUUGUUAAGCAGCACUUAUAACGUUAUUUUUGUUAAGCAGCACUUAUAACGUUCAUUUUGUUAAGCAGCACUUAUAACGUUCAUUUUGUUAAGCAGCACUUAUAACGUUAUUUUUGUUAAGCAGCACUUAUAACGUUAUUUUUGUUAAGCAGCACUUAUAACGUUAUUUUUGUUAAGCAGCACUUAUAACGUUCAUUUUGUUAAUUAAGCAGCACUUACAACGUUAUUUUUGUUAAUUAAGCAGCACUUACAACGUUAAUUUUGUUAAGCAGCACUUACAGUAAAUUGAGUGAAAUCCUAAGGUAGUUCUACAAAUCUUAUAACUCAAGAUGUGACAAACGUGCAUAACGGUGACAGGGUUCAGAUAUUACGUCAUUGUUUCAGCACUAUCCACUCGGUAGUGGUGCGUGGUUAAAAUCACCGGGGAAGCCAAGCCAGGGGGGAAAAAAGCCAUAUUACAGCCUAUGUUUUGUGAUAAUUGCGUUGGUUGCUCAAUAACCUGUUAUUUAUAUGCCUUCCCACCAUGAUAUAUAGGCAGAGACAAUAUAGGCCUAAGGCUUAGUUUAAUACAGUGACAACAGUUUACAGUUUAAUACAGUGACAACUAAAAGAUUUCUAAAAGAUUUAAAAAACAAGAUUUCAAAAACAAGAAACGCCAAUGCCAUCCUCCUCUCUCAUGUUGCCUAAACGGUCUAUGACUCUGUACACUCUUUUAGUUUUUGUUGUCCUAGGCUACCUGGCUAAAAUUCUUGCUCGCUAGCCUAACUUCCGUUCAUAGGCAAUGUUGCGCCAGGCCAACUAGUUAACGUUGGCCUACUACAUCUAGCUACAUAUUGAACUUCCUAUCAGACCAGGCGCACAAUGUAUGAAUUUAUGGUUGGAUCUGGAUCACUGUUAUAAUCAUUUUUUGGUACACCAGGACCAUUCACAGUUGAGCUCGUUUAUCUCAACGCUGAUUGGUUAUAAUUUAUCUUUAAAUAUGUAUCAAGGGAGGCCAAAUGCUUGCUGGCUUCCCUUGCGUUCAAUGCUACAGGCGGCAACAAUGUCAUACUCUUUUUGACCAGACAGCAUCAGCUGGGCUACACCUACUAAGAAAGAGGGGGCGCUGUUUCACUCUCUCAGAUGCUUUUCGUGAGAUUCAUUCAGCCUCUUCCGAAUUGAAGGAAAAUUCUGAAACACAGAGAGACAAAAGACGUAAAAUGUUUAAGUGUAAGUGUUUUGGGGAAGCCUGGCUUCCCUUGGCAUCCAUGAGUACACACCACUCUGUCAACUGAGUUUUUUUUAACUACCGCGCUUGAUAUGGUUCAAUUAAUCAAUAAAUCAGCACAAAUUUUUGUUUUUUCAAAUUGCCGAUGUCUUGAUGCAAGGAUUGAGAUCAUGUAUAGUAUGCUCUGCUCACAACAAAAAAUGACAGAGAGCAAUGUACAAUACGGCAAAUGUAGCAAAAUGAGGAACGUGUGGUACUGUAAGUGCAUGGGGGUCGCCAUCUUUAUACACCUCCGCUAUAGGAAUGAACAUUGUUCUGUUGUAACAUAUCAAAAUCCUAACGCAUGGCUGUUAUUAUUAUGUCUUAUCUUUUAACAGUUCAUUUUUUUUAGAAGUGAACAUUUUUACUCUGUUUGUAUGCGUGUUCAAGGGUUUAACCUUGUUUGUAAAAUGUGAUGGGUUUUUUUCAAAUAAAAAAAUACUCUUU